AGGGAAAUGAUGCCACUGCCACUGAAGGCUUCGACUCAAAAGCUUUAAGCGAGGUUUUGGAUGGAGCCGAAACUAACUGGAUGAGAAUUGCCAAAGAACAAAGAAUGAAUACCGAUAUCCGGAGAGCGAUUUUUAUAACCAUUAUGUCAGCUGAAGAUUAUGUUGAUGCUUUAACUCGUUUAGACAAAUUACAAUUGAAAAAAGCCCAAGAGAGAGAAAUCCCUAGGAUAUUGAUACACAGUGUUUGUAUGGAGCAAAGUUGGAAUCCUUACUAUGGUUUGUUGGCUAGCAAGCUUUCAGAGAGUCAUUCUUAUAGAAAAACAUUCCAAUUUAUGUUUUGGGAUGUUUUGAAGGAGUUUGAAAAGGCGAAUAAUGAAGACGAAAGCGAGGACGAGUUUAUAGGAUUCGAUGACGAGAGUGAAGAAUCCAAGUUAAAGCGAAUCUACAAUUUAGGUAGAUUCUUCGGCUUCUUAAUUGCUGAAGGUUCACUCCCGUUGCACUCUUUGAAGAAUGUGAACUUCUUGGUUGCAACUAAUGACACAAAGUUAUUGCUUGAAAUUGUCUUGGUUACCUUCCUUGAUCAAGUGGGUAAAAAAUCUCAAAUUAAUGUUGUUGGAACUGGGAUUGGCAGUAAGGUCAAAACUGCUGAUUUGAAGUUUUCAGAUCAAUUAUUGAUCGAGAGAAUAAUGAAAGCCAAAGAACAAACAGCUUUGUUGAGAGGAUUACAAUACUUUGUUCAAGAAAAGACGUUGAAAAGUAAUUUUGUUGACGGGAAGAGACAAAAAAAGAGAGUUGAAUGGGGAUCCAAUGCUAUGUUUGAUAUAAUAGAUGAGCUUUUAUUGAAUGCCCAGGAUUAAUUAAUAUGCACAUGUAUAUAUAAAUAAUAUUUUUGCAUUAUAAUAAUUCCAAGAUAGCUACAGAUUCGACAUGCUUUGUUUGGGGGAAAAAGUCGAAGCCUGUUACGUCUUUUAUUCUGUAUGCUGGGGUUUCACCUUGUAGUUCCAUAAACUGAGAUAAAUCUCUCGCCUGAGUGAAGACAUUGCAACUAAUAUAAACAAUUAAUUUUGGCCGAAAUGCAAACAACUGCUCUAAAAAGUCCUUAUUUGAUCCUUUUCUGGAUGGAUCCAUGAUAACAACGGAAUCAGAACCUAUAAUAUUGGCCUUUUUGAGCACUUUAUUUG